AUUUUUAAAUGAGAGAAACACAAUCGAAUGUUAAUUGCGUACACAGAUAAUUUGUCAUUAAUAAUUAAGUUAAGUAUUGAUUUGUAUUAACCUCAACCAUUGAAUUUAUUAUAAAUUCAACGCCUGAACCUGUUUUAUCUCAUUUGAAUAGUGGCCAUUUUAACUUGGAUAAGGUCACUAUCGCGUGAAAGACCAGCACAAUAACAUUGACAAUACAAUAUGCAAGUUGAGAUAUAACGUGUACCAGUGAAGAUCCACACAUAAAAAAUGGCGCCAAUUUCAAGGAUAAUUUCUCUGAAGGUAAUUUUGAGUGCGGCUGCAAUAGGUAUUGUAAGCGCACUAGCUGUACGCAUGUACCAACGGCGCAAAAAGCUAAAGCCGCCAACAACUUGGGAGCCCGUGGGACAGGUAAAAAAUUUGUACAUAUACCCUUUAAAAAGUGGAACACCUAUCGAACUUCAAACUGCUUUAUGCACAGCAUUUGGUGUAAAAACGCCAGACGUACCAAAUUUGCACCAAUUCAGAGACAGGAGUUUCGUCGUUUACAAUAAAAAUGACCUAAAAUUCCAAACGGCUAGAACUAUACCAAAAUUGGUGUUGAUCAAAAUUGAAGCUGUGGAUGAAAAUCACAUCAAAUUCUCUGCCCCAAACAUGCCAAUUUUAACCAUUAAGGCACCAAACAGAAUCGAGAACAAAGUUGUUACAAUUAGUCAACAUUUUAAUGAAAAGAUACCCACAAUUGAUUGUGGCGAUGACGCCGCCAAAUGGAUAUCUCAAUACGCAUCUGAGCAAAAAAUGGAAUUAGGAAUUGCCUUUCACGACGCAAAGCAGCGUAGAAAUCUGAGCAAGACUCACCAGAAGUAUUUUGGAAUUUACCCAACAUUAAGUAACGAUGCGACAGGCCUGCACAGUGAUUUUAGCAGUUAUCUGCUAGUGGGUGAGUCAUCUAUAAACGAUCUGAAGGACAGGGCUCCUGAAGCAAACAUCGAUACCCUUAACUUUCGGCCAAAUAUUCUCAUCGAAGGUACCCCUCCAUUCGCUGAAGAUGAAUGGAAAUGGGUGAAAAUCGGCGAUGUGGUACUGUAUUUUGUGAAAUGGUGCACCAGAUGCGUUCUUACCACCGUUAACCCAACCACAGGCAUUAAAUCUGAACAGAACGAACCAUUAAAGACGCUGCGCACGUAUCGCAUGUUGAAGGAUUUAAGAAAGAUCAGCGUUGACGGUACUUCUCCAUUGAUGGGCAUUAAUAUGGCUUAUCAUUCCGGUGAAAAGAUUAACGUUGGGGAUGUUGUUUAUGUUGGAAAAUAAAUUUAUAUCAAGAAAUCUAUCGUCAAAUUUAUCUGUUCCUUAUGCAAUGGUUAUUUAAAAAUAAAAAUAGUAUUUUGUAAA